AUGCAGAAGCCUGGGUUGAUGGGAAUGAAGGGCUUGGAUCAGCUAAGGUCUGUCAAAGGCUCAACUGUUGGGCAUGCGAAAACAGUAUCGGCGGUGAAUACACGGCUUUCAUCAGAUUCGAUUUCCAUCGGAGCUUUUGCAAAUCUAAAGUUGACUGCCGGUAGCGUCUUCGGUGGAUCUUGUAUCUUCUUUCUGUUGUCUCGUCUAAGUUUUGAAAGACCUUUUUAAUGUUUAAGUUGUCCCGUUUGUUCGAUUUCAGAAAAAUUGGUGAAGGAACAAGCUUCAGUAAAAACGGAUCUUGAAAUGGCGGUAAAACAUUUUCAUUCUACAUAUCUUAAAUUAUCGUGAUGUCUCUCCUGAAACUCAGAUUUAACAGUGGAUUCUAUUUCUAUGUAUGCAACUUUUUCUGUCACUUGUUUCGGUCCCGUGUCUUGGAUUUUUACCUUGUUUUAAAUAUAUAUUAAUGCUUAUUUUCGUGCAUGAGACGUGACAAUUGUCUCUCAAAACUUCACUGAUUCUAUGCUGUUUUGCAAAUAGUAGUAUAUUUCCCUGUUUUUAGACAUUAUUUUUCUCAUUAUUUAUUUUCCAUUUCGAUUCAUGCCUACUAUUUUAUGUUUGUGUCAUUUUUAGAUUUCAAAACAUCAUGUCUUUCUAUUUAUUAUUUUUUCGGCAGCAUCUGAAACAGCAUUGCAUAUUUAUUGUUUAACUUGGGUCCCUUAUCGAAGUAUAGUUUCCAAUAAUUUUUAUUUUAUUUGCCUACAUUUCAGAUGUUCAGGUAUUCCUCUUCUAAAUGUAUUUUACUUCCUGAUCUAUUUUAGAAAUACGCCACUAAGAUUCUAAGUCAGGCUACAACUUUCUUGCUUUUUUGUUUCAAAAGUUGAGAAUUUUCCUAGGAUUCUGAAAUAGUCCGUACUUUUUACUUUUCCUUUUACUUUUAUGUCUCAUGUCUGUUUAACAGACUGACGUAUAUUGUCGUGUGACUUGUAUAGAAUUCAAAACUGAAAAAAUCAACAGAACAGAUACAGUUAUUAGAAGUGAAAUUGCGAGAGGCAAUAAAUGAAAAUGCUAAGCUCAAAGUGAAGCACAAGGAAGAUGGAAAACUCUGGAAUGGCUUAGAUUCAAAACUUUCUUCAACGAAGAUGUUGUGCGAUCAACUAACAGAGACGCUUCAACGCCUUGCUGGUGUUACUCAGGAUGGUAAAUUCAUUGAUUCCUGGUGCGAUCAACUGUGUUCUUAGCUUUAUCAUUUUAUCAUGGAUCAUUUUCCUGGCAGCCGAGAAAGACAAGAAGUUUUUCGAAGAGAAGCUUUCAAAUAGUUCUAAAGCUUUUGAUGAUCUUAGCUGCCAGUUAAACAAUCUCUCUGAAAAGCUGGAUUACGCAGAGAAAAUCAUUACAGAUGGUAACCGGUGACAUUUCAUCCAAAAUAAGAGCUAUUAUAUCUAAUAUUUUAACAAUUUAAUCUCUCUUGUAUGGGUUGUGUUGUAUUUGAUUUUUAGUGAAGAAUAUAAUUGCAAAGUCCAAUCUAUUGCUAAAGAUGUAUCCUGGAUUUAUACAUUACAUUUUUGUAGGGAAACAAAAUAUGCUGAAACUUGAGGACGAAAAAAGAGAAAGAGAGAAAAACUUAAGAGAGGAACGCCGUUUGAACUGUAACCUUAUGACGGAAAGAGGUGGGGUUUUUCCGUUCUCAUUCUCUUUUCAAACUUCGUAUAUUGCUAAUAAUUUUUUUUUCUCAACUGUGAAUGAAUUGAUUUAUUUUUCAUUAUAAUCGCCUUUAAAUCUGGCAUUCGAAAUGACCUCAAUGAUAUGGGGUGGUAGUUAUACCUUUGUACUUGUUUUUAAUGACGAUGAGUUCUAAGAAUCAGGUUUCCUAACCUUUCUUUUAUGUAGAUGCUAUUGCUAAACAGCUGAAAGAUGCUUUUGAGGAAAAUAAGGUGAGCGUGCGGAGUCUUAACUCUCAAGUGGAGGAAUUACAACAGAAAGUGGAAUCAAAAGACAGUAUUUGUAGAAGUUUGAGAGCUACCGUGGAGAACCUAGAGGAUGAGAGGAAUGCUCUUCAGUCAAGAAAUGAGGAUUUCUCAUUACAAUUAGUCAGGUCAAGCCAAGAGACCAAGAAUUUAGAAAUGAUCGUUCAUGGAUUGUUGAUAACAGUAAAAGAAAUGGAUCGAAACAGCUUGAAUAUAUCAGACAAUAUCGUACAGCUAUUAUCUUCCUUUCAAGCUUUUGAAAAAUUGGUUGAACAAGAGAAGAACUUGGUGGUAAAGAAUGAAAAAAGAAAAUUUGAUGAACUUCACCAUCAAUUUGAAAAUGCAAUCUCAGAAAAUGAUUCAUUAAAGUGGCAAGUUGAGGCACUAAGAAACAAGACUGUGGAGCUACAGAAGGCCCAAGAGUUUCUUAUGGUUCAACAUGCAGAAGAGUGCCGUUUAGUGGAAGAUAAGGUCCGCAAAAUUGAGUCCGAAAGUGAUGCCAUUGUUUUGAAGAACGAUGAGUUGAAGUUGUUGGUUACUCAGUUAGAAGAAAAAAAUAGUCAUUUAUCAGAGGUUCACAGUCUCGCUGAUAGUCAACUGGUCAGAUGACACGAGAUAUCUCAUGAAUUCAAUAAAUUUCUUUUAAUGUCCAUAGACUGUUCUGUUGAUAUAUGUAUUUUCUUUUUUUGAAUUGCAGAAAGAUUUGCUGCUGAAUGCAUCAAAACUAGAAUCUGAGAAUCAGGAUUUUCAGAAUAAGAUGCAGCUGAUGUUACUGGAAAAAGCCGACGUUACCAGUCUUCAGAAUACGAUUGAAACACAAAAACAGAAAAUUGAAACGUUGGAGAGCCAAAUCAAUGAGCUUAAUAGGGUUAUGGAUGAGAAGGAUAAAUGUAAUAUACAUUUUUCUGAAAGGGAAAAACUUUUGGAGGGACAGAAAUCCGAGGUGUUCGUUUUUCAUGUGCUGCAUAUAUUUUCUCUCAAAUAUAUAAAAAAUCACGUCACCCAUACCGAUGGAUGAUUUUUCUGGUCUUCUUACAGACUGUCACGUCUCAUCUUUCAGAUUCAAGCGUCACUUAUCUCGGUUGAAUGCCGACUUUCUGAGGCAAGGAAACAAUAUGAUUUGAUGCUUGAAACCAAACAGUCAGAGCUCUCUAGACAUUUAAAGGAAAUUUCUCAGAGAAAUGAUCAGGUAUUCAUUUUUUUUAUAUAAUUCUAUGAACGCUAUUCACUUUUCACAAACCUUUUUUGAGUAAUAGGGCUAACGCCUUAUUUGGAAUAGGCAAUUAAUGAUAUUCGGAAGAAGUAUGAAAUGGAGAAGUUGGAGAUUAUUAAUAUUGAAAAAGAAAAGGUCUCACUUGUAUUCCCAUCCUAAUUUAUAAUCAUUUGGCUCCCAAUCUGUUGUUCAUUUUAUUAUUCCAUUUAAUUUCAGAUAGACAAGCUUGUGAACGAUAUGGAAACAAAAUGUGAGGUCAAACUUGCAGAAAGCAAAGAAGAAGCACAACGACAUUUAGUUCGUAUUCAGGAAGAGCACGAUGCAUCGGUAUAUACCUUUUGGUUUUUUUUUUAAACAUCUCCUCCUCAUCAUGGGAUGAGUAACAUAAAAACAAAUGAGGGCUGAUUCAUCAUUUGAUUGCUCAAUCAAUUUAGUGACUACAUGGGAAAUUAAGAUCGAUAUAAAUUUUGGACACCUAAGCAGUAUCAUGGAAGAAUUUUUGUGCAAAUUGUUUUAUUUCUUUUUGUCAUUCUAUCACUGGUGAAGCACCCUGCAUCAGGUUGAGAGCUUAUUCUACGAAUUUUGAAGAUCCUUAACCGGUCAACUGAGAAAGUAAGGCCUUAUGGAAUCACUUGGCUUGAAUUUUUAUUGAGGAUUGAAUUACAGGAUAAUUUACACGAUAUGGUAAAAACCUGUGAGAGUUCAUUUCUCUCAUCCAACCAAAACUGUCAGAUAAUAGACUUGGUGGCUGUCCAUGCAUCAGAAUCAUAAAAAAAUAACUAAUUUAAAAUUUUCUUUGGAUACUUUUGUAACUUUCGUGAACUCUUUUGUUUGUAUGUGGUACUAAAAAAAGAAAUUAUUACUGGAGUUAGUGCUAUGAUCUUGCCUUAUUUUCAUGAUUUUACGUUCAUCUGUUGCUUUGUUUAGUGGGUAAAGCCUUCCCUCAGGUUGAUUUGGGAGUUCUAUUGGUAAAACUCAUGGCCUUGUAAUAUAAUGUAGAAUGAGGGACUGUAACACGGGCUUAUACUAAAAUCUUCAGAUGGAACAAAUCAGACUGGAAUUUGAUAGAAAAGAAUCAAAGCUUAGGGAUUUUCACUGCGAAGAGCUGCAAAGAAUCCAACUUCAGGCAGACAACGAAUUAAGAGAGGUGCUUAUUCUUUUUUUAUGAUUUUUAUGUUGCAAGUAUCCACAAUUUUCUCAAUGAUAACCAAAUUGGAUUUAGAAAACAUCAUUAAUGAGGAAAGAACACGAAAUCCAAAUGCAAGUCCUAAGACAUCAACACGAGGAUGAAUGCAGGAAACUCCAGGAGGAAUUGGACAUUCUUAAGUCAAAGGUACAUGAUUUCAUGUAAUUUAUUUUUUCUGUGGACCGCAUUAAAAUAUACCAUGCAUAUUUAUAUCUUUCAUUUCAGGAGGAAAAACAGAGAACAUUACUACAGUUACAGUGGAAAGUGAUGGAUGAGAAAAGCCAACAAAAUGACGUCGAAGUAAACUCAAAAAAGGUUCAUAGUAAAAUUAAUUUAGUUCACAUUUUUUUUUUGAUGCCUGUAAUUUUAUGGAUACUGGUUGAUGUGUUAACCUUUGUGUUUGCUUCUAGAAUGUCUGUGCAUGUGACGCGUACCUAGUUGUGUAUUUUGAUUUUUCCUUGUACCUCUUGUUUGCCAAUAAGUAUCACAAAGAGGCUUUUAUGCAAUUAGAAUGGCUAAAGUAUAACUAUUUUGGAUUACCUUUCUCCAUGUUUUGUAGACACUUUUUGUUAUGUUCCUGUGAGGCCUGGCAAUGAGUUUAUUCAUUAGAUGCGUGUCAAAUGCAUCGGCAUACAUUUUCGUGAAUUUCAAAAGGCAAUAUGGGUACCACAGAAAUCACAUCAUGAACAAAGUAAUCAUCAUGCUAGAGAAUUGUAAGCAUAUGAUACCAAACAUUUUAGGGUUGACAGUCAUUGUCGCUGGCAAUCUUUCACAGUAUUCACUUUAUUUCGCAUGUAGAUGUAGAGCUUUGUAUUUCCUUUGUGCAUCGCAUAUAUCCAUUUGCAUUUUUCCCCAAUAUCCAUAUCUUAGAGACGUAGUCCUCUCUGUUUGGCUUUGCUUACCUAUCCCUAUUAUGUUAUGUUUUUGACGCUGUUUGAAUUGUUUUAUUUUUCUCCCUUUUGGAAGUCUUCAAAAGUUAUAACUAUUUUGACGCCUUUGAUUUAUCAUCUCCAAUUUAGAGGAGAAGAUUCUCAUCUGAAUUUGAAUAAUCAAAUUACAUUUAUGUUAUUUUUUAAUAUUUAAUAUAUUUGAGUAUCAUUUACCUUUGUAGGUGUAGGCGCAUCAUUUCAUAAUGAUUUCACCUACCUUUGAAUUAAAGUUUUGGUUAGUAAGGGACGGGCCAAAAUGGUGAUAAUAUACGAUCCAUGUCAGAGGCAGAGUAGACAAAAUGUUGAGUUGAAAGCAUAACAUCACAUAUAGAAGAUUUAAAUGUUAUAUCGAAAAAUAAAACCCUUAUUAUUGAUUCUUAAUAAUAUACUGAUUAUGAGGUUUUUCCAGCCAGGAGUAUUUUCAACGAUGUGAUUCUUCAACAUAUACUGAUUAUGAGGUUUUAAAUAGAAUGAAAUUUUAUCAAUAGCAGAGUAGUAGUGUGUAACUAGGAAGGAAACGUCUUGCCCCUUUGGAGAGAAGUGAUGGGAAUUUUUAUUGGAUUGUUUUCCUGAUUUUAAUAAAAUUCUUUGAUAACAAUUCAACUGAUUCGUGCUAUCUGAUAUUUAAAAUUUGAUAUAUUUAAUAUUUUAUCUCUGUCAUUAUGCGUCGCCUUGUUUUUAUUUUAGGCAAUUAUGGGGUCUAUUUCUAGCUUUGAAAUCGAUUAUUGCACAUUUUUCAUAGCAAGGGCGUAGAGUCCAUUAAGAAAUAAAAGAGAAUUAUAAGCUCACGUGUGGAAGCCAGUGAAAAUAUCUUUAUGGUAAUUUAAAUUAAAGAAAAACAUGUGUUUUUUCUUUGACGCAUAGAACUUCUCAUUCCAUUUCGUAGAUUAUGAACUACGUGCUGCUUUGACGCAUACCUUGAUAGACUGGCUUGUUCUGGUCAGUUCUGAGACUGAACAACAACUGUCCAUGCUUUCUCUUGAGCAGGAAUACUCUGCGUCAUCAAGGAAAACGAUGGGUCUAGAAAUCGUAAACGAAAGCCAAAUUUCUCUUAAUAGACAAGAAAACGGAAGAAAAGUGCCAUUUCACCUUGACCUCUUUGAUAAUCUCAUAGUCUCCAAAGAUUUUCUUCUUAUUCUAAUUAUGUUAUAGGAAGCAGAUCUUUGUGGAGUUAUGCGCACACCUGUGGUGAAUAUACUGAAAAAGAUGGAGAAAGGGUCCAAGGGGGAUGCAAUGAAUAUUCCAAAACACAGUAAGAAGGUGAUGUGCUUAUUCCUUUAAUAUUGUUUUGAACUGUCAGUUGAUACGUAUGUUCAAACUACUGCGGUUUGGAAUAAAUUUCACAAUUUUAAAACAGAUAAAUAUAAAAUCAAAUAAAAAUGACAGUUAGAUAAUAUGGAACUGAAGACUGUAGUUAGUUUUUAGCGUGGUCUCUUUCUUCAUGAAGAACUUCUGUGGAAAUAUGAACAAGUCAGGGAUCAAUUUGUUAACAAAUAUUAAGGUCAUUGGCAUCAUAAAUGUUUCUUAAUCUUGAUUAUGAGUUUUGUCCAUUACAGGUAACGCACCACGAGUAUGAAAUUGAAACGUCGAAUGGGCGAACAAUCACAAAGCGCAGGAAAACAAAGAGUACUGUUAUGUUUGGGGUGCGACUCAUCUCUCGGGAUUUUUUUAACUCACGAUAGGAAAUAACCAUAAUGGAUUCCUCGUGAUUAUUUUCCUGUCUUUAUAAUGAAGGACACAACCACUCAUAAAAGAGUGAACUUGAAGACUCCUACAGUUGGCGAGGAUGCAAAGAAAACGAGUAAGGUACUGAAGACUUCGUAUUCCUUCAAAUAUAUAAAACUUAUAUAUGACGAUUUAUCUUUCAUGAAUGUAAACCAAGCAUCAGGAUCAUAUUUUUCUUAAACGUAUGCAUGAUAGACUUGGAGAUUGAUAUUUUUUAGUGAUGGAUAAAAAUUAUCCAAUGUUGAAGUUCAUAAUGUUUUGCAAUUAUCCUAAAGAAUCUCGUCUUUAAAGGCACAUAGCCUUAGCAAGUGUCAGCGGAUUUAACAACAUGCAGAUGUAGAGGAAACAAUGUUUCUCUCUGGGGGGAAAUUCUUCCUCAGGAAGUACUGAGGAUAUAGUUGGAAAUAUAACACAUCAUCAAAGCGUGGAACAUGACUGAUAGUUUAUGGAUUUGCUGUGUUUUACUGUGACUACAAUUUUGAGUUUAUCUUAAUUAUGAAUUUUUGGCAUACGUUUCAGCUAACUACAUGGUCCAGAUUUUGAUUACUUAAUAUUUAGAAGGAUUACGCAGCAUUCCAAUGUCUAAAUGUAGUAAUCGAGAAGAAACUCUUUUUUUAUCUCAUCACCAAGAACAUUCCUAUUACGGAAACCAUCAAUGCCAAUUUAGCAUGCCAUCGAUUUUUUGCAUCAUAGUCUCAGACUCGACGCCACAGAUUCGUCGAGUCAAUAAAGUGGUCGUCCUUGUAGAAUUGGAAUAUAAGAAACCCGGUACUUCAUGCUUAUUAUUUUUUCUGGAUACUUUUAACUAAGCCUCUUGCUCUCUGCUGUUUUAUGUUUGAAUUGACUUACUGCACUGUUUUCCUUUCUCCCUAGGUGCACAAAGGAACCCGUGUACGUUCUUCAACCAUAGGCGAUCUGUUCUCAGAGGCAUCUUUGAACCCGUACACAGAGGAUCCCUACGCAUUCGAUUAG